AUGGGUACUGAGGUAGAGGUUAAGGUUGAUGUAGAUAAAACCUCAUUGCUGGACAUUAUUGUUGAGUAUGAAGAGUUAGGGAAAAAACAGAGGUUGAGGUUAGAUUAUGCUUAUCCAACAUUUGAUUAUGCAUAUAUGAUGAAGCAUCACAAGUUAGAGUCAGAUAAGGAUUUAAUGAAAAUGUUUGAAAGGUUUUCUGAUGCAAGUGAAAUUCCUAUUUGGGUUGGAACUGUGCUGAAACCAACUCCAUUCUACAAAUUGGUUAUGCAUUUUAAGAGGGCAGAAGAAAGAAAAAAGAGGACUGAUGUCCAUGAAGAUGAGCAAGAUGAGCAUGAAGUUGAGGACAGUUCAUCGGAAGACCUUCAGGAUAAUUCUGUGAAUGUAAGGCAACAAGGCAAAAAAAUUGUGGAGAUCACAGCUAGUGAAGAAGCAACUACAGCAAAAAAGAAGCCUCCUCCAAAAAAGAAACCUCCUCCAAAGAAGAAAACAGCAACCACAGCCUUCAAACCACCAGCCCCCAUAUCACCUAAAACAGCAUUCAAAUCUUUGCCUAUUAGAAGAAGCCCCAGAUUUUCUCCUCUUCCAAACACUACCUCAUCUGAACCCACCAAUCACCCUCCUUCUGAGAUAAUGUUUGCUAGAAAAGUACCUAGAACCACAGCCAUCAGGAAAGGCAUAAGUUUGACACAAGCUACUGUGACACAAGCUACUUUUACUCCAGAAGUGACUAAGAAACCAAAGGCUGCUGCUCCAAAAGAGAAAGUAAAGGCUAAGAGAAAGAUGACAUUUGAUGAGGAAGCUUGUGAUGAAAAUGAGGAGUUUGAUAAUGAGUUUGAUAAUGGUGCAGAGUCAGAUAAUGAUGUCAUGGCUGAGGGGGAUAUCCCAUCUGAUGAAAGAGAGGAGAUAAACUCAAUGCCAAAAAUCAAGGACACUUGGAAAUCUAGUCAGUGGCAUGAUUUUGUUGAUGAACAGGAUGCUGAUGACUACUAUCAAAAGCUAUACAAAAAUGGAGAGCUGUAUACAGAUGAGGAGUUUGGUAAAAUAAAGUUGAAACCAUGGAUGAUUUUUCUGGAUAAAGAUCAUUUUAAAGAGAAAUUGAAAGACUACUGUGUGCAAGAAGGCUUUGCAAUCAAUGUGUUAUGGGCUGACAACACUAGAUAUACAGCUACAUGUUAUGCUGAAUGUUGCAAGUGGAGGAUACAUAGUAGCAGGCUUCCUGAUGGCAUUACCUGGGCUAUUAAGAAAAUUGAGCCUAAUGUGCACACUUGUAGGGGUUUGGAGACAUAUAAUCCACUGUGUGAUGUGAAAUGGGCUGCAUCAAAGUUGAUGGAAGAUAUAAGAGCCAAUCCAGACAUUCCAGGAAGUGCUCUAAAUGAGUUGUUGUUCCAGAGGUAUGGGGUUUACAUGAAAAAAUCAUCCUUGUAUAAUAUGAAAAAGUUGGCAAUAGAGAAAUUAUUUGGUGGACAUGAUCAAUCAUAUGCUGACCUACCUGCUUAUACCAAGGUUAUUUGUGAGUCAAAUCCACAAUCAAAGGCAUUUUUUUCAACUGUGGAGAGUGAAAGCAUCCCAAGACAGCUCUUGUUUAAUAACAUUUUCAUUUCUUUCACUGCUAUGUGGAAAGGGUUUCUAGGAGGGUGCAGGCCUUUAAUAGGUGUUGAUGGAACACACCUCAAGGGAGAUUAUGGAGGUGUUCUACUGUCAGCAGUGGCUCUGGAUGCUAACAAUGAGAUUUUUCCACUUGCUUAUGCUAUAGUCAGUGCUGAGGACAAGGAAACUUGGUCAUGGUUUUUCUGGAAUCUCUACAACCUUCUCAAAGAAUCAAGUAGAAAGGAUUGGACAGUGAUCUCUGAUCGACAAAAGGGGAUUGAUAUUGCUUUAUUGGAUGUAUGGCCAACUGUAAAGAGGAGAUAUUGUUGUAGACACAUCUCCAGAAAUUACAAAAAACAAUUUUCUGGUCCCUUGCUCUAUAUUCUGUUUUGGAGGGCUUGUAAUGCCACAUCACAGUUCACAUAUAGGAAGGCAAUGGAAAAGCUGAAAGAAGUGGGUGGUGAUAGUGUCAUGAAAUUUUUUGCAGAGCUAGGAGAUCCUGCUGGUUGGAGCAAACACAAAUUUGAUCCGAAUGUAUGUAAUGAUUCCAACACUUCAAACUUUGUGGAGAGUUUCAAUUCCACCCUUGGAAUUGAUAGAUGCAGACCAGUCUUGACUUUACUUGAAGGUAUUAGAAGAGUGUGCAUGGUAAGAAUUGCCACAAGAAGUCAAGCUGCCAUGACUUGGAAGGAUGAUGACCUUUGUCCAAAGAUAAAGAAGGUGUUGAAAGCUAUUAGCAAGGACACUAUAAGCUGCAAAGCAUAUAUGUCUAGUCCAGGAGAGUAUGAAAUUCAUGAGGGUAAAUCUCACUUUCCUUUAUCUUUAAAUAACAAGAUCUGUUCUUGUGGAGCUUGGCAGAUUAGUGGCAUCCCAUGUAGGCAUGCCAUAAGGGCUAUGGUUCAUGCCAAGAUUGAUCCUCACAAUGUUGUCAGUGCAUGGUACUCUGUUAGGACAUACAAGCUUUCUUAUAGUUUUAGCAUUAACCCCAUACCUGACCAAAGCCAAUGGCCUGCAUAUGAUGAUCUACCUAUUGUCAUGCCACCUUCAAUGAAGAGAGGGGUUGGGAGACCAAGCAGAAACAGGAGAAGGGAAGAAGGAGAAAACCAGAAAGGGAAGAGAGCAAAAACAGUGAAAUGCACUAAGUGUGACUGCCUUGGCCACAAUUCAAGAACUUGCAAGGGAGGUUUGACUGCAAAAGAAAAGAAGGCAGCAGGGAGUGGACCAAUAGUGGUUAGACAUCCAAGAAUUAGGGAUCAAUCCAAGGCAGGGAAAGCAGCUGCAGCUCUGAAAAAGAAAGCUUCAGACCAGACUAAAGAGGGCAACACAUCACAGUCCACUGAAAUCAACAUGUCUCAAUGUCCACCAUCUCAAUCCCAGCCUUAA